AUGGCGACGGCGCGCGGCGGCCGCGGCGUUCCCCGCGCGCUGCUGCCGGUGCCGCUGCUGCUGCUGCCGGUGCUGCCCCUGCUGCUGCCCCGCGCCGCCGCCGAGCAGGUUGUCCUGCUGGACUCAAAGGAAUCGCAAGCGGAGCUGGGCUGGACCUCGCACCCAUCCAACGGGUGGGAAGAGAUCAGCGGCGUGGAUGAGAAUUACAAGCCGAUACGCACGUACCAGGUCUGCAAUGUCAUGGAGCCAAACCAGAACAACUGGCUGCAGACAGGCUGGAUUGCCAGGGGUGAUGGGCAGAGGAUCUUCAUCGAGCUGAAGUUCACCCUACGGGACUGCAACAGCAUCCCUGGCGUGACAGGCACCUGCAAGGAGACUUUCAACCUCUACUACAUUGAGUCUGACUCUGACCUGGGCCGUGGUGUCCGUGAGAGCAAGCACACCAAGAUUGACACCAUUGCUGCUGAUGAGAGCUUCACACAGGGAGACCUGGGGGAGCGUAAGAUGAAGCUGAACACUGAACUGAGGGAGAUUGGGCACUUGAGCAAAAGAGGCUUCCACCUGGGCUUCCAGGACGUGGGUGCGUGCGUUGCGCUGGUCUCUGUGCGGGUCUAUUACAAGAAGUGCCUCAGCACCGUGCAGAACCUGGCCCUGUUUCCAGACACAGUGUCAGAAACAGCCUUUGCCACUUUGGUAGAAGUUAAAGGCACUUGUGUGGCUCAUGCUGAAGUGGAUGUGGAUAACCCCCCCAGGAUGCACUGCAGCGCAGAGGGCGAGUGGCUGGUCCCCAUUGGCAAGUGCUCCUGCAGUCCUGGCUUCGAGGAGAAGGACGGGGGAUGCAGAGCUUGCCUGCCUGGAUUUUACAAGCUUUCCCUCCGUUUGCCUCUCUGCUCUCCUUGCCCUGAGCACAGCUUCACACAUGAGGAAGCCUCAACCUUCUGCUCCUGCCAGAAGAACUACUCCAGGUCUCCAUCAGACCCACCAUCUGCUUCCUGCACACGCCCUCCCUCAGCCCCGAGGAACCUGGUGUACAGCCUGCGCCAGUCCUCGCUGGUGCUGCGCUGGAGCGCUCCCGCCGACGCGGGCGGCCGCAGCGACCUGACCUACAGCCUGUGGUGUGGCCGCUGCCCGCCGGCCCCGCGGGGCGCCUGCCAGCAGUGUGGCAGCAGCGUGGGCUUCGUGCCACAGCAGACAGGGCUGGUGGAUCCUACAGUGACCCUGGUGAACCUCCUGCCCCACGUCAACUACACCAUCCGUGUGGCGGCCGUCAACGGCGUGUCGGGGCCCUCAGGGCAGCCCUACGCCGAGGUGAACGUGUCCACGGGCCUGGCAGCACCGACUCCUGUCACCGACAUCCGCACGGAUAAAGUCGAGCAGAAGAGCAUCUCCUUGUCCUGGCAGGAGCCGUCCUUCCCGCCUGCCAACGGCACCGAGUACGAGGUCAAGUACUACGAGAAGGAUCAGAGAGAUCAGAGCUACUCGACUGUGAAAACCACGUCAACGGCCGUGACGGUCGAUAACCUGAAGCCUGGCACUCUCUAUAUUUUCCAAAUCAGGACAUCUUCCUCUCCAGAUUAUGGAAACUACAGCCCUAGUAUUGAAGUGGAGACACUGGCAGAGUUGACAGUGGCCUCCAGUGAGCAGAACCCCGUCCUCAUCAUCGUGGUGGUGGCCAUCACAGGGCUGACAGUGCUGGUGUCCAUGGUGAUUGGUGUGAUGGUCUGGAGGAGACAGUGUGGGUACAGCAAAGCCAGCCAGGACGGCGAUGAGGAGCUGUACUUCCAUUUUAAAAUACCAACCAGGAGGACUUACAUCGACCCUGACACGUGUGAGGAUCCCAUGCAGGCUGUGCACCUCUUUGCCAAAGAGCUGGAUAAUGCUAGUGUGAAAAUUGAGAGGAUCAUUAGGACAGGAGAGUUUGGAGAGAUGUGCAGGGGAGGCCUGAGGCUGCCCAGCAAGCGGGAGCUGCCCGUGGCCAUCCGGACGCUGCGGGCCGGCUGCUCGGGCCAGCAGCAGCGCUCCUUCCUGGCACAGGCCUGCACCAUGGGCCAGUUCGACCACCCCAACGUUGUUCGUCUGGAAGGGGUCAUCACCAGAGGGAGCACCAUGAUGAUAGUGAUGGAGUACAUGGGGAAUGGAGUGCUGGACUCUUUUCUCAGGAAACAUGAGGGACAGUUCACAGCCACCCAGCUCAUCUGCAUGUUGCAGGGGAUUGCCUCUGGCAUGAAAUACUUGGCAGAGAUGGGCUACAUACAUAAAAGCCUUGCUGCCCACAAAGUCCUUGUGAGCAGCAGCCUGGCUUGCAAAAUAACUGGCUUCAGGCAGCCCCAAGAAGAGAAGCUGGAGACCAUCUUCUCCACCAUGCAUGGGAAGAGCCUGGUGCUGUGGUCAGCCCCUGAAGCCAUCCAGUAUCACCACUUCAGCCCAGCCAGCGACGUCUGGAGCUUCGGCAUCCUCAUGUGGGAGGUGAUGUCCUAUGGAGAGAGACCCUACUGGGACAUGUCCAACCAGGAUGUGCUGAAGGCAGUGGAGGACGGUUUCCGCCUGCCGGCCCCGGCGCGCUGCCAGCGGCCCCUGCACCAGCUCAUGCUGGACUGCUGGCACAAGGACUGCAGCCAGAGACCCAAGUUCUCCCACAUCCACAACGUGCUGAGCAAGAUGCUGCAGAGCUCGGAGCCCCCUGAGUGCCCCAGCUCCACCACAUCCAUCCCCCUCACUGAAAGGACCUUCUCAGCCUUCCCUUCUUUCAGCUCCGUGGGGGAGUGGCUGGAAGCCAUAGAAAUGGGCAGGUACAAAGACAACUUCACUGCUGCAGGCUACUGCUGCCUGGAAUCCGUGGCCAGGAUGACAGCCCAAGAUGUCCUCAGCCUGGGGAUCACAGUGGUGGAACACCAGAAGAUCAUCCUGAGUGGGAUCCAGAGCCUGAGGGCUCAGGUGAUCCAGAUGCACGGCCGAGGUGUGCAGGUGUGA